AAUACACAAUCAAAAAGUCCAAGCAGGCAACCGCAUAGAUGCUUCCUCAAGCGAGUUUGUAUCUAAAUAUCCACUUCUAAACCAGAUCACACACACACAAACAUAUAUAGAUAGAUAUAUAUAUAUAUAUAUAUAUAUGUGUGUGUGUGUAUCAUAUAUCAUAUAUCUCACCGUGAUCAAAAUCGAAGACCCAUUAGCCAUUUCCUGCAAUGAAUCAAACACCUCACAUAGCCAUUCUCCCAAGUCCGGGUAUCAGUCACCUGAUCCCGUUCGUAGAGUUAGCCAAACGCCUUAUUCUCCAUCACGACCUCCACGUCACUUGCAUCAUACCCUGCACACCCAAUGAACCAUCAGACGCCACAAAAUCCGUCCUCGAAUCCCUUCCCAAACCCAACUCCCGCACCAUAUUCCUCCCUCCGGUCUCCUUCGACGACCUUCCCGAUGACGCCAACCCAUCACGCAAGAUCUCCCACACCAUGACUCACUCUUUACCUUCAAUUCAUCACGUGCUGAAAUCGCUGGUUUCGAGUACUAGUACUACUUCUUCUCCUCCGGUGGUUGCUUUAUUUCUCGAUCCUUUCGCAAUAGGAGCUUUGGAUAUUGCCAAGGAACUUGAUAUUCCCACGUAUGUUUUCUUCCCUACAAAUGCUAUGGCUUUGUCUUUGAUCUUCUAUUUGCCCAAGUUGGAUGAGAUAGCGGCUUCGUACGAUUUCAUGAGAGACUUGCCGGAGCCGGUGAAAUUACCGGGAUGCCCUCCUUUUCACGGCGGAGAUCUCUUUGCCUCGAUCCAAGACCGGAGAACGGACACGUAUAAAAAGACGGUGCAAAUCUCAAAACUGAUCGUUUCGGCCGAGCGUAUUAAAGGGUUUAUCCUUAAUAGCUUUGUGGAUAUUGAAGCUAAGGUGAUAAAAGCCCUGCAAGAGGAAAAGACUAUUUACCCGGUGGGACCCAUCGUACAAACCGGUCCACCUCGUCAAGAUGAUGGAGACUCGGAGUGUUUGACUUGGUUGGACAAACAACCACGUGGCUCGGUUCUAUAUGUUUCUUUCGGGAGUGGUGGGACCCUCUCGUAUGAACAGAUGACCGAGUUGGCAUUUGGGCUGGAGAUGAGCGGGCAUAGAUUCAUAUGGGUUGUUAGGAGGCCCAACAACGAAUUCCCCAAUGCCGCGUUUCUCAAUCACGGGCCCAAAAACCCAUUAGAGCCUCUUGAAUAUUUGCCCAAUGGGUUCUUGGAGAGGAAAGGGCAAGGCCUAGUCGUGCACAACUGGGCCCCACAGACUCGGGUGUUGGGCCAUAUCUCGACCGGCGGGUUUCUGAGCCACUGUGGUUGGAGCUCGACCCUUGAGAGUAUUCUUCACGGCGUGCCGAUCAUUGCUUGGCCACUCUUCGCGGAGCAGAAAAUGAAUGCCGUGUUGCUUGUUGAGAAUCUCAAAGUGGCAUUGAGACCAAAGGCUGAUGGUGAAGAUGGCAUCAUUCGACGAGAGGAAGUGGCCAGUGUUGUUAAGGCUUUAAUGGAGGGUACAAGUGAAAAGGGUAGAAUUGUGAGACACUCAAUAAAACAACUCAAGGACUCGGUUGUCAAGGCACUAAACGAAGAUGGGUCAUCCACAAGGGCACUCUCUGAGUUAGCUUCCACGUUGAAAAAUAUGGCAACCAAGUAGACCAUAUAUAGUUAAUCCUUUUUCUUCAUAUUUAAUAAGUACUUUUUCCUUUAGUUAUCCAUUAUUAUUAAUAUGUUACAUUUCUGUGUAGGUUGUGUUGUUAAUCUCUCAAUAGAACGACAUAGAGCAGAAUAUAGAUUAAACACUUUGUUUCACUUUUUUCUGCAAUCUGUGAUUUCUUUAGCUUGUUUGGAAAAAAUGUGGAAAGGGAAUUUGAUGGAUUGUGUAGAUCUCUCGUACUAAAGGAGUAAAGUGUUUUACUGUUCUGUUU